CCCAUCUUUUCCCGGCUUGCACUGUAAUUUAACUUUUGGCCACGUCCUCCAGGCCACGUCGCUCUGACUUCGCCAUAUUCCUUUGAAUUAAGGCAAUCAAGUGAGAAGUUUAGAGAAACAGUGUUUUCUGAAGAGCUCAAAUAAGAAGGCUCCACUCAUUUCUGCAGGACUGACAAGUUAAAGAUGAACAUCUUCAGACUUACAGGGGAUCUUUCUCAUCUUGCAGCUAUCAUUAUUCUGCUGCUCAAGAUAUGGAAAACCAGGUCUUGCGCCGGCAUCUCUGGAAAGAGCCAGAUUCUUUUUGCAACCGUAUUCACCACACGCUACCUGGACCUACUCACCUCCUUCAUCUCCCUCUACAACACGACCAUGAAGGUGAUCUACAUUGGCGCUGCAUAUGCCACUCUGUACCUCAUUUACAUGAAGUUCAAGGCUACCUAUGAUGGAAACCAUGACAGUUUUAGAGUGGAGUUCUUGUUGGUUCCUGUCGGUGGUCUGUCUUUCUUAGUCAAUCAUGAUUUCUCUCCUCUGGAGAUCCUGUGGACCUUCUCCAUAUAUCUGGAGUCAGUGGCCAUCCUUCCCCAGCUCUUCAUGAUCAGCAAGACCGGUGAGGCUGAGACCAUCACCACCCAUUAUCUGUUCUUCCUGGGCUUGUACCGAUCCCUCUAUCUCUUCAAUUGGAUCUGGCGUUUCUACUCCGAGGGCUUCUUUGACAUGAUUGCUAUUGUGGCUGGCAUUGUCCAAACCAUCCUGUACUGUGACUUCUUCUACUUGUACAUUACCAAAGUGCUGAAAGGAAAGAAAUUGAGCCUCCCGGCAUAAGUGCCAAGAAUUGGAGAAUCAUACUCUUACUAGACUGAUUGUUUGGAGCUAAUGUGAGAUGCACAGGGACAGAGCACACAAAGGAAACACCACAAGCUUUAUUGUGAGUAUCUGCGAGUUCUGCCAAAAUGUUCCGGAACACAAGCAAGGAUUCUCUCUGGUCUGUGAAGCAUCUGGAUGUCUGUUUUUGGCAUCUUGCCUAAACUUCAAAGGACAAAAAACGUUUUGUAUGUGUGAGGUGUCUUCUUCAUGCUUUAGCAUCACAAAGGGGCUGACAUGGUAUAAACUGUAUGCUUUAUUACAAUGCACAAAUCGAUAGGCAUAAAAACACAUGAAGUAAAAUGUGGUGUUCUGUGUCAAACUAUUCUGCAGGACAUAUUUACAAUCCCCACCCCCUAAUCCUGGUAUAAGCAAUACUUCACCCAAGUUAAUAUAACGACCAAAUUAAUACCUUGAUACAAACUUAAAUGAUGAGCUAUGCUGUACUUCUCUGUUUAUGUAGAAUCAAUGCUUUUUUUAAUUGGCUUAAAAGUGGUCCGUACCUACUGUAAAUUCAAAGUAAUUGAACAAUAGCAAAUUUUGUAUGAACCUCGUUUUGAGUAUCAGAGACAGUUUCCAGGCAGUUUCAAUUGCAAUCCUAAUGUUGGAUCAGCCUUUGCUGAGCCACUAAAGCUGUGGCUGAUUAUAAUGGGUAUAGAUCAAAAACCUUGCAAAACAUUGUCAUUAAUUUGAUGUUCCUUGGCACAUCUUUUAUAUCUAUCAGAACACCCUGCCAUAGCCUUCUCUCGCACUGAACCUUGGUGGAUUAUACUAAUUGUAUAUGGUCUCCAUAUUGUUUUCCCCAAUUAAGGAUGUUGUAGAUGUAAUUCAUACUAAAGGUAUAUAAUAUUGUAUGGCUGUGAAUAACACUACCAUUGAACAGGUGCCAGCCAGAUGUUUCUCUUUGUAAUGUUAUAAUAGAUGCAGUAAUUUAUCUUUAAAGACACUGUGUAAUUGUAUACAGUGUGCACAUUGCAGAGUUCCUUGUUGAUCUGAUUUGUGAAGCUUUAUAAAGGAGAGUGUGUGGCAUGGGUGAAUAUGGCGAUUGUCAAGGUUUAUCUAUCUCUGGCCUUUUUCCAGUAGAACAUUCUUCCUUGUCCUCCCCAUUUUGGUCAUUCCUUUCUAUAGAUUUGUUUUUCCCUUUUUGUAUUGCUACAUGGUAUCAGCUCCAAUAAAGAUCUUUUUUGAA